AUGGCGGACCCUUGGCAGGACGAGGCGCCCCAAGGCCGACAGGAAGGAUACUAUCCACCCCUUCCUGGAACUGGCCCCCGCGUCACAAUGCCACAGCAACAGCCGUGGGAGUACACCAUUCCUCAAGGCCCCAGGCGUAACGCUACCACGCCCGCCAUUUACCCUCGCCGGGAGACCGCUGCGCCCAUAAUUUUCACGGCAGCUCCCCCUAACAAUAUUACACCGUGUAACCCCUGGCAGUUUGGUUACCGUCACCAGGCCGGUGGCCCCAGCCAGAGGACUUUAAUUCCUUCCGCCCCCGCCACCGGUUCAUUUCCCCCGGCGCAAGGUGCCCCCGGCCGUGAUUUCCCUCCCGUUGAAUCGACUACUGCCCCGACCAACACAAACACCGGGCGCCAGGCCACGGCGGGGAACGCCCAGCCAGCCGAGGGCACAGCCAGGGGGGGUGGCGUAACCCAAGGACCGAGGCCACCAUUUAGGCCGAGCUACAUGGCCAACCCCCAGUCGAGGGCCGAGAGGGAGAAUCCAACCCGGGAAGUCAUCGCCCGGCGCAUGGCGGCCGGGGUUUCCGCAAACUACCGCGGGAAGAUCCGUUCUUCCAGUCACGCGGGGUUCGCGUUCAGUUCGAAAACGAUCCCUGCGACCUGUAAGGGCCCAAGGGUGGUACCCCGCCGCGACCGCAAGGACCAAGGGAGUGUAAUGAGAUGGAAGGCCAAGAACAUGGCAUUGGAUGGAGGAGAUCGGGGUGGGGAUUAA